GUUCUUUGGUUGGCUUGGGUUUUGCGGGCUAGUGCAGUGCAGGAGUCAGGGAACCGAGGAGGAGACAAGCACCCGAGGCGGCCAGCGCUGCUGCUGCUGCCCUGCUGCUGCCGCCGGGAGUUGGGGAAGAAAGAGACCGAGGGACCUUCGACGCCGCGAUCCUUUGGCCGCGCUCGCUCGCGCGCUCUCUCCCAUGCCUGUGCGCAUCGCGUUUGCGGGUGGCGGCGGCAUUUCUUUAUUUUGAUCGCGAAGGAGCUGCUCUGCGCGCGUGCCAAAGCGAGGGAGCUGCGAAAUAAGUACGAGAGAGAGGAGGAGGAGGGCGCAGGUCUGUUACUUUCUCUUCUCAAAGUUUCCUGCUGGUGCAGUAUGAAGUGCAGCGAUGGCAAGGAGAGGUAAGACGGUGGUGAGGACGCUGGAAGAUCUGACCCUCGACUCGGGUUAUGGUGGUGCGGCAGACUCCGUCCGGUCCUCCAACUUGUCUCUGUGCUGCUCCGAUUCCCCCCACGCGGCUCACCCCUAUGGAGGAAACGGCUGGCAGCAUCUAACUGACUCGAUGCACAGUAGACACAACAGCUUUGACACCGUCAACACUGUCCUGGUGGAAGACUCCGAAGUGCUGGACUGCGCCGAGCAGCACUGCUCCAGGCUGCUGCCUGACCUUGAGGAGGUCCCCUGGAGCCUCGACGAGGUGGAGGCGGUUCUCCUCCUCCUGCAGCGCAAAGAGGCCAGGGGGCCGGUGGGGGUGGGCGCCGCCGCCGCCGCCGCCAGCUCCAGCAGCGUCGCCAGCUCCACCACCACCAUCAGCAGCAGCAGCGGCGGCGGCGGCGGAGCCCCCCCUUCCAAAGAUGCCCUGGCCAGACUCUCCACCUUGGUCAGCCGCGCGCUCGUCCGGCUGGCCCGGGAGGCUCAGCGCCUGAGCCUGCGCUUCGCCAAGUGCACCAGGUACGAGGUGCAGAGCGCCAUGGAGAUCGUCCUGGGCUGGAGCCUGGCUUCCAGCUGCACGGCGGCCGCCCUGGGCGCUCUCUCGCUCUACAACAUGAGCAGCAGCGGCGGCGACCGCUUCAGCCGAGGCAAGUCGACCCGCUGCGGCCUCACCUUCUCGGUGGGCAAGUUCUACCGCUGGAUGGUGGACAGCCGGGUGGCCGUGCGCAUCCACGAGCACGCCGCCAUCUACCUGACCGCCUGCAUGGAGAACCUCUUCCGAGAGAUCUACGCCAGGGUCCUGCAGCUGGGCGCCGGGGCCGCCGCGCCCCACCCCCAGCACCACCUGCACCACCUCCAGGCGCAACAGCACCCAAACAACCCCCCGCAGCUGCCGCCGCCGCCGCCCCCACCGCACCACCACCGGGGCCAGUGCUCGGGCGCUGCCGCCGCCGCCGCCGCCGCUCUGCCUCCUCCGGCUUCUGGAGCCGCUCCUGCCGCCGCUUCGGACAACAAGGACCGAGAGAGCAGCGGCAGCAGCAGCGCCGCCGCCGCCGCCACCAACCACCACCACAGCAACGAAGCGCCAAAGUUUACGCUGGAGUCCCUGGAGCAGACGGUCAACAACGACUCGGAGCUGUGGGGGCUGCUGCAGCCUUACCAGCACCUCAUCUGCGGGAAAAACGCCAGCGGUGUCCCUUGCUUGCCAGAAAGUCUGAAUCUUCACAAAGACCAGCAAAGGUCAAAUAAGCCAGGGGAAGUCCAGAUGUUUAGCCAAUCAGAGUUACGGACCAUCGAGCAAUCUUUGCUUGCAACGCGUGUGGGAAGUAUUGCAGAACUCAGCGAUCUGGUGUCUCGAGCAAUGCAUCACCUGCAGCCGCUCAGUGCGAAGCAACAUAGCAACAGCACCCCCAUGCACCACAAGCAGGGGUCGCUCUACUGGGAACCGGAGGCCUUGUACACGCUCUGUUAUUUUAUGCACUGCCCACAGAUGGAAUGGGAGAACCCGAACGUGGAACCCUCCAAAGUAACGCUACAGACGGAAAGGCCGUUCAUUGUGCUGCCACCUCUGAUGGAAUGGAUCAGAGUAGCUUUGGCUCAUGCAGGGCACCGUCGCAGUUUCUCCCUGGACAGUGAUGAUGUACGGCAAGCGGCCAGGCUGUUGCUACCAGGAGUUGACUGUGAACCUCGGCAGUUAAAAAUCGACGACUGCUUCUGUGCUUCUCGGAAGCUGGAUGCAGUAGCCACAGAAGCCAAAUUCAAGCAGGACCUUGGGUUCCGAAUGUUGACCUGUGGCCGUACAGAUCUGGUCAAACAGGCCAUAUCUUUGUUGGGGCCUGAUGGAAUUAACAGCAUGAGUGAUCAGGGCAUGACUCCACUGAUGUACGCUUGUGUGAGGGGCGAUGAGGCCAUGGUCCAGAUGCUACUGGAUGCUGGAGCAGAUCUAAAUGCAGAGGUUAUCAGUACUCCUCAUAAAUAUCCAUCCGUCCACCCCGAGACCCGCCAUUGGACCGCUCUGACAUUUGCUGUGUUGCAUGGACAUAUUCCUGUAGUUCAGCUGUUGCUGGAUGCAGGAGCCAAAGUAGAAGGUUCUUUGGAACAUGGUGAUGAAAACUAUUCAGAAACUCCCUUGCAACUGGCAGCAGCUGCAGGAAAUUUUGAACUCGUUAGUUUGCUUUUGGAGCGAGGUGCUGACCCCAUGAUUGGAACCAUGUACAGGAAUGGGAUUUCCAUGACUCCUCAAGGUGAUAUGAACUCCUUUAGCCAGGCUGCUGCACAUGGACACAGGACUGAACAUGCGCAGCUAGCAAGAUCUAAGCAUAUAAGGAACGUGUUUCGUAAGCUGCUUGCUCAGCCGGAGAAGGAGAAGAGUGAUAUCCUGUCCCUGGAGGAGAUACUGGCUGAGGGAACUGACUUGGCAGACAGUGCGCCAGCUCCUUUGUGCGCCAGCCGCAACAGCAAAGCCAGACUUAAAGCUCUGAAAGAGGCUAUGUAUCACAGUGCUGAACACGGAUAUGUGGAUGUAACCAUUGACAUCAGGAGCAUAGGUGUCCCAUGGACUCUGCAUACAUGGUUAGAGUCCUUGCGAACUGCCUUUCAGCAACACAGAAGACCACUCAUACAAUGCUUGCUGAAAGAAUUUAAAUCUAUUCAAGAGGAAGAAUACACUGAAGAACUUGUCACCCAAGGGUUGCCUUUGAUGUUUGAGAUCUUGAAGGCAAGCAAGAAUGAAGUGAUUAGUCAACAACUGGCUGUCAUAUUCACUCAUUGCUAUGGACCCUAUCCUAUUCCUAAGCUUGUUGAAAUCAAACGCAAGCAGACAUCUCGUUUAGAUCCUCAUUUUCUUAACAAUAAGGAAAUGUCAGAUGUUACGUUCCUUGUAGAAGGAAGACCCUUUUAUGCGCACAGAGUAUUAUUAUUUACUGCAUCCCCAAGGUUUAAAGCCCUCUUGUCCAGCAAACCUGCAUCUGACAGCACUUGCAUUGAAAUCAGUUAUGUGAAGUAUCCCAUUUUCCAGCUCAUAAUGCAGUAUCUGUACUAUGGAGGUGCAGAGUCACUUCUCAUUAAAAACAAUGAAAUAAUGGAGCUUCUGUCUGCUGCUAAAUUUUUCCAGCUUGAAGCAUUGCAACGACACUGUGAGAUCAUCUGUGCAAAAAGUAUCAACACAGAAAACUGUGUGGAUAUUUAUAAUCAUGCCAAGUUUCUUGGAGUAACAGAACUAGCUUCCUAUUGUGAGGGUUACUUUCUAAAAAACAUGAUGGUCCUCAUAGAAAACGAAGCUUUCAAACAGCUGCUGUACGACAAGAACGGAGACUCGUCUGGCCAAAACGUACUACAAGAUUUACAGAGGACGUUGGCAUCACGAAUCCAGUCGAUUCAUUUGUCGUCUUCAAAAGGCUCCAUUGUAUAAAGUUCAGGAAGAGCCUGAUGUUUCUGACGGGAGGGGAGGGGAAGCACUGCAAAUGAAAAUGUUGCUGGUGCAGUUUCUUAAGAGAAUAUACAACACUAUUUUUUUCCUAUGGGAGUAUUACAUUGCGGUUGUGGGCCAAAGGUGCUGUCACUUGCUUGAAACUUCCUUUGGGCAAAAGGUUAUGGUACAUGUGACUCCUAUGCAUUUUUGGAACUACAAGGAUGUAUUGCUGUUCUGUGAAUUGCUGUUCAGAUUCUGAACGCGGAAGUGCUGUCGUGCAGCUAAUGCCAACUGAAGCUGGGCCAUGCACCCGUACGUAGCAGAAGCCCGUCCUAGACCAAGAAUGCCACGAAACAAUUAUUUGACAAAACCAACACAUCAGGUUGUUUUUGUAACACAGUGUCAUACUUCUUCUUCGUCUUCUUUUUGAGACCUGCACUCUCCCUGCCCCAUAGUCCAUUGUAUUGUGCAUUUGAGAAACAUAAGAUCUGGUAGUAUGGCGAAUUUUUAGUGGUGGGAACUUUUUAAAAUUGUUCAUUUAAAAAUGGGGUGGCCUCUUAGGGUUCCCUCCCACUUUAUUUUCUUAAGCUCCAAAUUUUGUUUUCAACAUAUUUGAGAAUGUAUGUUACAUGUUAAGUUUGGGGUUCAUUUUUUUUUAAUUUUUUUUUUUAUUAUGGUAAGAUGUACACUGUGUGAACAUACAUCUGAAAAGGUUCUGCUCAUACACUUUUCUUUAAAAAGUGGUAUAAUCUUGCCCCAAUGGCUCACGGUUACACCAAAGAGGUGCAUUACCAAGGACUCAGUAGUUGGGGUGGGGGAAAUUGCAUGCUAACUGUGGUUUGGGGUUUAAAACAGCAAUGAAAUUUUAACAUGCAUUUGCAUGGUAACGGUACCUGUGAAAUGUUACGUUUGUGCUUAAUUUUGCCAAGAAAAAGAAAACAAUGCAAUGUUAGUUCUUUGUCAAACUCCAUUUGUGAAAUAUAUUUCAGAGUUUCGUUUUCUGGGGGUUCACAAUUCCCAUGGAGAAUAAUUUUAGAGAAGAUGAUUUGUAGUUAUUAUAUGAGAGCGGUCAAUACUGGGUCAACAAUUCAUGGGAAAUGUUGGUAUUUUGCUACUGGGAAGAGGUUAUGAAGAAGAUGAUUUAUUUUAAUUAUAUAUUAAAUAUGUACUAUAGACUGAUUUCUUGCCGUAUAAUGAGAAUGUGUAGGUUAUGUGCUCAUGGAAGCCUGUAGCAGGCCUCAAGUUGUUUAGCAGCAUAUUUUUAGCAAGACGAACCUAUUAAGUGCCACACAGAUUCCUGACCAUUUAGUUUGCAGGGACCACAGUAAAAGAUCAUUUCCAUCAGAAUGUUUAUCAAGCUACCUUUUCCUUGAUGAAGCUGUGUCAAUUUGCUUGCCCUGCCUCGCCCCACCCUGUUGUGCCCCUGGGAAAAUUAUGUCUGGAAAUUUUCAUAAUGCCAGUUCAAAGUAAAUCCUAGGUCUUUUCUAUAAGGUGCUAAUUCACUUUGACAGAUUUUUUUAAAUGUUCAGGAAUCCAGUUGUUUUUUAUUAUAUUGGACAACAAGAAAAAAAGGGGCUGUUUUGUGGCUCUAAACGUCAAAUCCUCCUUUUUUGUUUUAUACCAUUCCUGCAGCAACACUGCAAAAUUGCCUAAACUACCGGUAAUGUUACAGAGGCACAGCAUGGCAAUUGAAUAAUGGAGUAAUGCUCACCCCGGACCCAUUGUCUGUAAUGGGCAACUUGGCUUACUGUGAAUUUUGCACUGCAGUGCUGACAGGGACAAUAACCUGACCAGUGUGAUUACUGUUCCCUUGGGUGCUUCCUUGCCGUGCUUCCUUGGUCACCGCAAACAGCCGUACACAAGGGAUGGGUUGCUGUAACCUUUCUAUGACAUUUGAAGGGCCUCCUGGGUGUUAACUGCUGAGCUGCCAAAUAGUGAGUGUUGGGGAUCAAUGCAGCAGGGAAAAGACUCUUGAAGGAUGUUUUUCACAAGCAAUACCAAGAGUCAUCAUUUGUGAAUGUUGUUAAUAUGGGGAUAGUAAGCAGGGGUUGUUGGUUGUUAUUUUUUUAAAUUGAAUGCAUGUUCUAUUCAAUGCAACCGGUUGUGCAAUUUUCAAAUGCCAAAAGCAAUUUUAUGCUUUAUGGUAUGUGAUGCAAGGCCACGGCCAAAUUGUGGUUUCUUGUAGGCCAUCAUUCAGCAUUAACUACUUGUGAAAACAACCAGAGGCUAUUGCAACUCACAGACCAGUUCAACUCUAAUAUAAGGGGCAGCCGACCUAGCGGCCUCCAUACACCAGUGGACUACAACUCCCAUCAGCCCUAGUCAGCAUGGCCAAUGGCCAAGGAUGAUGGAACUUGAAGUCUGCUGACAUCUGGAUGGCACCACAUUGGCUACCCCUGACCUAAGGCAUACUUUUGUAGCUGAACUGGGUGGGGGAAUAGAGGAUUAUAUUCAACUAAGUUUUUCCCAUAGCUUUUGAGUUCAUUGGGUCUGCUCUGAGUAGGACUAGCAUUGGGCUACAACCCAAGUUGUAGCCUUGGCUAUUAAUUUAGAAACUAUAUAGCACAAUGGUUUGGAUCUUAAGAUAACAGAAGAAAGUUAUUCCCUCCCAGCUGCCUGCACCCCAUCCUACAUUAUUCAGGAGGUCUCCUCCUUUGCAGAGGGCUGCAGGCAGGAGUGGAAAUAUAGCUCAAAAAGACAGAAGGCCCCCAGCAGGAGAUAUGAAGCGGUGGUCAAAUUGGGGCCCCUUGCAAGUCAAACCUACUCGUUAAGCACCUCAGCCAAGAGACAAGCCAAACAAACAUAUGACUAUAUAAAAAAAAAUGAGGUGUUCUAAAGUUUGCUGUAGUCUGUUUAAUGGUGUGAAUGUAUAUAAAAAUCUUUUGAUUAAAAUACCAUUUAAAAAUAACUGAAAAUUAAUUUUCUAGGUAUUUCAAUUUCAUUCUGUUAAGCUAACAGAAGUAAACGGUUAAAUAUGGAAAACCUGACAGAAGUAAGACGUUAAUACCAGGACCUCAGUAAUAGUUAAGUGGGCUGGGACUGUAGGUAAGCUGGCUGUAAAGGUGAAUGGGAAACCUUCCUUGUGUGGAAUUUCCUUUCUUAGGAUUCCAAGCCAAUGAUGGGGUUGCAAAUGGAAAUGAUGACAAGAAGUGAUCGCUUCCUUGCUACAGCAACGCCUUCUACUUUUGGUUAUCCUUCCAGAUGGUUUAGCUGUGUUCUUCAAAAAGAAGAUUGAAACAGGUCUGCCAUUUCCCUCAAAUGUCUGAGCUUCACAAGGUAUAUCACUGUCAGUGCAUCUUGGAUUAGUGUCAUGGAACCAAUUUAGGUAACCUCCCCUCCUCUCCUCACUCCCCCCCUCCUCACUUCUCCCUCUAAAUAUAAAAUCCCUCCAUAGAUUCCAUCCCUUACAGCAUUCAAGAAAGGGUCUUAAGGAUACAGUAUAUGGUUCCGAGUCGGUGAAGUAUUACAGUGCAAUCCCCAGAGGGCAUCACGUGAGAGUGAGACUGUGAUUUAGCUGAAACCAGAGCACAAGCCUUGCUGGAUCAGGCUAGUGUUCCGUCUAGUCUAGCCUCCUGAUUACCACAGGGGCUAACCAGAUGCUGCCAGGAAGCCUAAAAGUGAGCCAUGAAGGCAGCCAUCCUACCGCAUUGUAUACCCCUGGCACCUGGUGUUUAGAGGUGCACUGUUUCUGAAAGCGCACACCCAUUUAGCUGCCCUAGUUCGUAGACUCUGACAGGCUUAUCCUCCAUGAAUGUGACUCAUUUUUCUAUUUGCUCAAUUACAUAAAUAUCAAGAAAUGAGUAAGCAAUCCAGUCAUCUCCCCGCCCCCAAACAAGCCAUAUAAUCCUAGCUGGGGAUUGUUAUACACUUUUUUAAUUUAAAAUUCUUUUAAAUAAUUAAAGGUUUAUUGGCAUGAACAUGUACAGAAUAAAAAUGAUGGAUAUGGCAAGCAAAAAUAAAUGUAAAAGUAGAAAAUAAAAACACCGAUACAGAGGAGGGGUAAAAAAGAAAUCAAAUCUAACACAAUGAUAUGAAACAUUCUUUGUCUGAAAGAUCAACUGUUGGGAUUCUUGAAAACUUUCUUGAUCAUAUCUAUCCAGGUGGACUGUUUACUGCAUCUUAAUGUUUAUAACCAAGUUUUAUAUCUGAUAUCUAAAUAUUUCUCUGAAUUUCUGACUCACAGUUAAUAUUUCCAACAGACCCUUAUGCCUUUAAGAGCUGUGUAGGAAGUAUAAAUUCAGUGUGUGCAACCUUUACCCUAUGAUAGAGAUACGCAGCUAAGAAAGCCUGCACCUUUUGAAUAUAUCUUAAUUACACAGCUCGUAAAUGUUACCAUUUCAUCAACUUCCAUUUAGCUCUUCAGCAGUGUGAUCCUACACCUGCCUGCUCCAAAGUAAGUCCCACUGAUUUCACUGGGGCUUACUCCCAGGUAGGUGGGUAUAGGAUUGCUGCCUAACUCACCUCCAAAACCCUAAAAAUGACUCUUUUCACUAAUAAGUUGGUAGUUUUUCACUCUCCCCAGUUUUUCCUAAAAUUUCCUUUAGGCCUCUGCAGCCAGCUCCACAAUAAAACAGCUCUCAUCUUCCUUUUCUGUAAUUUAUGUUAAAAUGGUUAGGUAGAGAACUAUCCUUAGGUAUGACUCUUAAAGGGUUAUAUUUUCUCUCAAGAGCCUAAAACAGGGCCUUCCGGGGGAGGGGGUGGAAUCACACAACUUGUUCUGUAUUUCAGAACUUUUCUAUAUCCUUUUAUAAGAGCUAAUUUCCAUAUGUUUUCCAGUAGGAAAAUGAUCAGUUGCCUAAGGAUUAUACUGUGUUAGGCAAAGCCGUAUGGUGAAGUUUAUUACCCAUAGACUUGAAAAACUGAAACAGGAUCAUAGGU